AUACAACCAGCAGCAGCACCAGCGACCUGCUGUCCGACACCGACACGGCGAGAGGACGGACGCCGAGCGAGGUCUCCGCAGCCGCGGGGAUGUAAAUGAGACGGGCCCGGGCUUCAGCGGGACGGAGGACAGCUCGUCAGAGAAUGCCCCAGCUCGUCCACCGUUAGCCCUCAGAUUUACAUCACCCAGCACUGAGUCGUGAUUGUUUAAUAUUUAUAUAUAUUUAUAUAUUUAUUUAUUUAUUUGGAAGAGGAUUGGACUUCGGUAAAACGUCCUCCAGCCAGCAUGCCCCCUCCUCAGAGCCUCCAAUCCAGCGGUCUGACCCUCUCAGAGACGAGCAUUGGAUCCUUUAAGAGAAGAAAGAGGAAAUCCAUAAUUGUGACGGUGAUGCUGCUCAUUGUGUCUGUGCUCAUCCUCAUCUUCGGCCUGGCAGCGACUACCAGGACACAGAACAUCACGGUGGGCGGCUACUACUCAGGAGUCAUUCUGGGCUUUGGCUCUUUUCUGGGAAUUAUCGGCGCUCAUUUGAUAGAGAACAAGAGGCAGAUGUUAGUGGCAUCCAUUGUCUUCAUCAGCUUUGGAGUGGUGGCUGCCUUCUGCUGUGCCAUCGUCGAUGGAGUAUUUGCAGCGAGGCACAUU